UUUAAGUUAUGUUGUCAAAGUUUAAAUUAACAUUUCAGAUUUUCAGUUUCAAAAUUUGUUUCUGAGAGUAGCAGAUUUGAAAUGUAAAGAUAUUCUUACAAAUAUACAUGGUAUAUGUAGUGGAUUUGAUGCAUCCCUGUUGCAAAAUUCAAAGGCACUAAUUAACAUACAUACUAACAUAUUUUUUCAAAGUAAAUAAAAUUUAAGUGACAGCAAUUUUUGACUAUUAGACUCAAGGAGAAUUGGAAAGUGAAAUCGCUUUGGAAUUUUGGUUUUAAAUAGUUUUUAUACAAUAUAAAAUUUGUUUUUACUAUUUAGUACUUAUUUAUUUUUGUAAGGAUAUUUAUUACAAUGUCCGAUGGAGGAUAAAAACAUUGAUAUAGUAUGAAAUUAUACUAUUAAAUUUGUUAAUCUUGAUUUGGUUGCAAAGGAGCAAGAAGAACUUAAGAUUCAACCUGUCCAUUAUGUAAACACUCCUUUUGAAAAGGCAACCUUUGGUAUGGGAUGCUAUUGGGCAGCCGAAGCUCUUUUCGGUGCAACAUCAGGAGUUUUGCGAACUAGAGUUGGUUAUUCCGGAGGCAGUCAAGAAUUUUCUUAUAGUGAUAUUGGUGAUCACACUGAAGCCGUUGAAAUUGAAUUUGAUCCUUCUAUUAUAUCAUAUGAGGAAUUAUUACAUAUUUUUUGGAACAAUCACGAGUAUGACUAUACCGUUAAAACUAAAAGAAAAUACAUGUCAAUGGUACUUUAUCAUUCAGAGGAACAGAAAGAAAUUGCAGAGCACUCGAAAAUUGUAGAACAAACUAAAAGAAGCCCUGAAACUAUCCGAACGGAAAUUAGCCAAGCAACAAUAUUUCAUCCAUCAGAAGACCAUCAACAAAAAUAUAGGUUACAGCAACAUAAAGAUUUUAUGCUUACACUGGGGAUGAAUUCAGAACUAUUGCAAAAAUCGUAUGUUGCAGCUAAGUUAAAUGGUUACUUAGUUGGUUCAGGAACAGUGAAACAAUUUGAAAACGAAAUACACUCUUUAGGAUUAACCCCUUCUCAGGCAGAUUAUGUGAAGUUUUUCUUUUCUAAAUUCGAAGGCGUAGGACUUUCUUGCUGA